UUUAGCAAUAUUUGAAAACUAGAGCAACCAGUUUAACAUACAAUAUGCACCGGCAUAAUAAUGCUGCUGUGGGCAUAUAGCAUAUAGCUGUGGGAAUGUCCAUCUAUUAUAUUGCUUGCACGAGUGGGAGUAAAUGGACAGUGAUUAGAGUGUAGUGGGGGAGAGCGACCUUGAGCAUGGGACUAUUGUUAUCAAUGCUGACUAUAGUUCAACUUGUUUCUUCAUUGUUGGACAAAUACAAAGUUAAGCUCCAAGCCUGUCUUGGAGCAAUCAAUCUUUAGUUGUUGGAAUUGAGUUUCAAAUUAUGGCUAAGCAAGCCGGUACAAUGUGUACCAUCAUGUGUCAAAAUUAUUUCAUCUACUUCAUGGUUGUGUUAUCAGCAUCAGCAUCAGAACUGGUAUUUCAAGAGAGUUUAUCAAAGAUAAGAACUUAUUCUAAUGCUUCAACGCAAGAAGAGGCAGUGAAAGGUCUUAUACAGCGAGUUAUCGGUGACAGAGCUAGUGAAUUCAGUAUUAUGGUGAAUCCAGAGAUUCAACGAGAAGGUGCAGAUGUUUUUAAGAUAUAUAAGUCUGAGAAUGACUCUAUAGUGGAAAUUGAAGGCUCUUCAGGAGUGGCUGCUGCCUGGGGGUUCCACCACUACCUGAAGUACUUCUGCAACUGUCAUAUCUCCUGGGAUGAUAACCAACUGAAUUUGUCUUCAGUUCUUCCACCAGCUAAUGUUCAAAAAGUCGCUAAGGACAGGUUUCGUUACUACCAGAAUGUAUGCACAACCAGCUACAGUUUUGUCUGGUGGGAUUGGAAGCAGUGGGAACGGCACAUCGACUGGAUGGCACUCAAUGGCAUCAAUCUGGCACUGGCAUUCAAUGGACAGGAAGCCAUUUGGCAGCGAGUGUACGCAAGACUCAACAUGACUACGGGAGAGAUAGACGAACACUUCACCGGCCCUGCUUUCUUUGCCUGGGGCCGUAUGGGUAACAUCAGAGGCUGGGGUGGACCACUCAGUGUCAGCUGGCACGAUCAGUCUCUUGCUCUUCAGAAACUUAUAUUGGAUCGCAUGAGAUCUCUGGGAAUCGUUCCAGUGUUACCUGCAUUCGCUGGGCAUGUUCCUCGGGCUUUUAAGAGAUUGUUCCCGGAUACAAAUCUAACUCUAGCUUCUAAGUGGAAUGGAUUUGAAGAUAAGUACUGUUGCCCUUAUCUACUGUCACCACAAGAGCCACUAUUUAAACAGAUUGGGUCCAUGUUUUUAGAAGAGAUGGUCAGUGAAUUUGGAACAAAUCAUAUUUACAACUGUGACACGUUUAAUGAGAUGAGUCCCUCAUCAGGUGAUCUAGAUUUUCUUAGAAGUAUCGGGGAAUCAAUUUUUCAGUCAUUGACUCAAGUGGAUCAAGAUGCUGUGUGGAUGAUGCAGAGUUGGAUGUUUUAUCAUGAAAAAACUUUCUGGACAGAAAGUCGAGCUGAAGCUCUGUUAAAGAGUGUGCCCAUUGGGAAAAUGUUGGUACUGGAUCUGAUGUCAGAGCUACAACCUCAGUUUGAAAGGCUAGAUUCAUAUUUUGGCCAGCCAUUUAUUUGGUGUAUGCUGCACAAUUUUGGUGGCACAUUGGGCAUGCACGGCACAGCUAAGAGAGUAAAUGAGAAUGUAUUCAGAGAUCGCAGUGCGCCCAACACCUCCAUGGUGGGGAUAGGUCUCACGAUGGAGGGGAUCAACCAGAACUAUGUAAUGUAUGACUUGAUGAUGGAGAUGGGAUGGCGAGAAGAGCCCUCAGAUUUGUCCCAGUGGUUCAGAAACUACUCCACACGGCGAUAUGGCCAAGAUAAUAUCCACCUCAGUAAUAUGUGGCAACUGUUAAAGGAUAGUGUUUAUGACUACAAGUUCAUAGUACAGCAACACGGGCGUUACAUUGUCGUCAGGAACCCAUCUCUGCGGCUUAUACCAGAUGUAUGGUACAAUGCGAGUGAUGUGAUGAAGGCCUGGGGUCAGGCUCUGUUAGCUGUUAACUCCAGCCCCUCCUUGGCUACCACCAAGACAUUCAGGCAUGACUUGGUGGACCUGACAAGGCAGGCUCUCCAACUGCAGAUUGACUUUAUGUAUCAGCAAGUCGUCAGGGCUUUCCUCCAGAAAGACGCAGCUUAUCUCAGUAAUUCAACAAACACAUUCCUGGAGAUCAUGGCAGACAUGGAGACUAUUCUUGCCUCUAACAAGUGGUUCCUGCUAGGCCCGUGGUUGCAGUCGGCUAAACUGAGAGCCUCCUCACCUCAGGAAAAGAAACAGUUUGAAUACAUAGCACGGAAUCAAAUUACUCUUUGGGGUCCUACUGGACAAAUAAGAGAUUACGCAUGCAAGCAAUGGGCAUAUUUGAUGUCCAACUACUACACUCCCCGCUGGGAGUUUUUCUUCAAAGAGCUGAUGUCUUCAGUUGUCAACAAGACUCCCUUCAACCAACGUAACGUGAGUGCAGCGAUAUUUACUGAGGUUGAGCAGCCUUUCACUUUUGGAACUGAUCUUUAUCCUACUUUUGAAAUCGGGGAUUCAGUGGAAAUAUCAACUCAGCUUCACAAGAAAUGGCGACAUCUUGCUGAUAAUUACAUAUAUAGCAAUUAAAUUCUAUAUUCCAUAAUAACAGACUGAAAGAAAGUCAUAAUCAAUGUAAAAAGCAUAUAUCAAAACAACGUGUGUUCUCAAAAUAAGUUACUUGUGGAAAAUGUUAAUAGUGCCAAAAUGUAUUUUUUAAGACUGACUUUAUGCAUUUUGUUUUAAAAUAUCAUUUACAUAAUCAUUAGUUAUAUUAUUUGUAUGAAGAAUGUAUGGUAGUUGUACAAGGUGUAUUCAAAAAGUAUUAAUUCUUUA